AUGACUUGGGACGAGUUUAAGGUACCAUUCCUUAAACACCACAGUCCCAAAGCGGUUAUUAACAGAAUCAAAGAAGAAUUCAUCCAGCUGAGACAAAAGGGUGAAACAAUCGAUAAGAUCACGGGCAUCUUCAUGGAUAAGCUCAGAUUUUGUGACGAGUUAGUCACCACUGAAGAACAAAAGAUAUAUUACUAUUACAACAUGCUGAGUGCUGAAUACCGGGAAUUUAUGACUCCGUCAAAAUACGAGACCCUCACGAAGAUUAUCAACACCGCCCGGGAACGUGAAAUCGAGUUAAAGAAACAAGUGGAAAGAGGUGAGCGAAGGGCACAUGAUGUAAAUCCAAGCCCUACAAAGAAUGCCCGGACGGGAGAAUCGGGAAAGAAGGUGGAUGCUAAAGGUGGGUCGCCAAAUUGUAAAGUCUGCGGGAAGGGACAAAAGGGGGAAUGUCGAUUCAAAGACAAGCCAUGCCCCAUAUGUAAUAAGACGGGGCACACGACCUCGCUAUGCCCGGGAAAAGUAUCAGUUUGCUACAAUUGCUAUCAACCCGGCCAUAAAAAGUCCGAAUGCCCGGACUUAGUUGGAAAGAGAGACGCGAAGGAGUCUCCAGCAGAAGCCCCCAAAGCAAAGGCUAGGUCCUUCCAACUUACCACAGCUGAAGCAAAAACAGAACCCGAUGUGGUUUCAGAAGUUGAAAUAGGGGAUAACAAAAGCUUUAUAGUUUGUGAUGUUUGUCGAGGCUGCAAAUUAAACAUCGACGAUGAGGAAUACUUGAUAGAUCUAAUUCCGAUGUCAAUGGGAGAAUUUCAAGUAGUCGUUGGGAUGGAUUGGCUAGCCCAACACCAUGCAAAAGUCGUGUGUUUUCGUAAAGAGAUAAAACUAAUAUCUCCGAGCGAGAAACACGUCACCAUUUAUGGCGAAAAAGGAGGUAACCCUAUAGUGUGA